UUCCGUAGCAUUAGCCUCGUUAGCUUAUUUCGCUAUUGUGGAGCUAGCCGAUCCUCGCCAUUGUCCGUUCUCUGUAAAUAUCGCUCCCGUUUCGCUGCCAGCAUGGAUUCUGGAGAUCCAGGGCGCGGAGGCUGGAGGGCCAGACAAACGAAAGAGCCUCAGAAAAACAAGAUCAACUUGAACAUUCUCCGUCAAGAAAAGCUGAUCGCUCAGAAGAAGCAGGAGAUCGAAGCCAGAAUGGCAGAACAAGCCAAACUGAACGCACAGGCCAUGAACAAGCCUCUGCCCGCCAGUUCCCCCAGUUUCCAGGGAGGCUCGUCAAACAAGUUCGCUAACGACGGCAGCUUUCUGCAGCAGUUCAUGAAGAUGCAGAAGGAGAAAAGCAGCAAUACUACAGCUUCCCCCAGCGAUAACAAGACGUCCUCCUCCUCGUCUCCGUCCCCCGGAGGACAGUCGGCGCAGAAGAGGAGUGUGUUUGUGGGCCAGCGGCCCGGCCUGGGCGUCAGCAGCAUGCUUAGUCAGUUUAAGAGCUACUCGCAGUCCAAGAAGAGCCCCGUCCUCAGCCAGAGGCCCAGUGUCUUUUGCUCUCCAGACGAUGAAGACGAGGACGAAGAGGCCGAUUACUCCAAAUUCUUAGACAUGAAAGUCUCUCCCCCAGAGGAUACAGACACCAGGCUCAUUAUUGACAAGAUGGCCUCUUUUGUGGCGGAGGGCGGAGCUGAGCUGGAGAACAAGGCCAGGGAGGACUACAAGGACAAUCCCGUCUUCUCGUUUUUAUAUGAAAAGGGCAGCCUGGAGCAUCUCUACUACAAAAAAAGAGUUGCAGAGUUGAGAAAGGCUUUGCACAGAGCGGAGGAGGCGUCGGCUCACGUCUCCCCCCCAGUGGAUGCGGAAACCCAGCAGGUGGCCGAAAAGCUGGCCAGGUUUGUGGCGGAGGGCGGCCCCGAGGUGGAAGCCAUCGCUGCAGAGCGUAACCGAGACAACCCCGCCUUCAGUUUUUUGUAUGAACACCAAAGUCCGGCCUACCUGUUCUACAAGAAGAAAGUGGAGGAGUACAGCGCUCCUCGGUGCCAGAGCGCCUCCCCCCCUCCUCCCCCAGCAGCCCUCACUCCGCCAGCAGCCGCCCCCCCGGCGCCGUCGCUCAACCACGUCCAGCAGGCGGAGCCUCCGCCCGUCAAGCGGAAGAGGAAAAGCAGGUGGGGCUCCGAGGACGACCGGGUGGAGCUCCCCGUGCCCUCCAUCGUCAUCCCCCAGGAGGUCCAGGACCUGGACCCGGACACCCCGGCUCUCACCGCCCAGGAGCUGCGGGGCCUGGGCUACAAGAAGGGGAAACCUCUGGGUCUGGUGGGCGUGACGGAGCUCUCCGAGGACCAGAAGAGACAGCUGAAGGAGCAGCAGGAGAUGCAGGAGAUGUACGAGCUGAUCAUGAAGCACAAGCGCGCCAUGGCCGACAUGCAGAAGAUGUGGGAGAAGGCCAUCAGAGACCACCAGCACGAGUACGACAGCGACGAGGAGGUGGACGCCGACGCCGGCACCUGGGAGCACCAGCUGAGGAAGAUGGAGAUGGAGAAGACGCGAGAGUGGGCCGAGUCGCUGACGGAGAUGGGCAAAGGGAAACACUUCAUCGGAGACUUCCUGCCUCCUGAGGAGCUGGAGAAGUUCAUGGAGACCUUCAAGGCUCUGAAGGAGGGUCGAGACCCCGACUACACGGAGUACAAAGAGUUCAAGCUGACGGUGGAGAAUCUGGGCUUUCGAAUGCUGAUGAAGAUGGGCUGGAAGGAAGGCGAGGGCCUCGGCAGCGAGGGGCAGGGCAUCAAAGCUCCCGUCAACAAAGGGAUCCAGCCGGUGAACGGAGCCGGUCUGGGAAUCGACCGGCCCGCCGAGCUCGCCAAGAGUGACGACGAGUACGACGCCUUCAGGAAGAGGAUGAUGCUGGCGUACCGCUUCAGGCCCAACCCGCUGAACAAUCCUCGGAGGCCGUAUUACUGAAGCGCUGUGGUCCUCCGCCCGGCGGGGUUUUUAGAGACGUGUGUGUGUGUGUGUGUGUGUGCGUGUGUGUGUGUGUUUGUGAGAGAGCUCUGAAGCGAGUCCUCAUCAGUGUCGGCUGUGAGAAGACGUCUGUCUUGACCUUUUGCUCCCGGCUCGUGACGGUUUGUGUGAAUACUGUAAAGUAUUAAAACUGACGGACUUCA